UGCUGCCUGCUGCCCAGGCUGGCUGCUGGGCUCGGGAUGACGCCACCUCUCGCUCCGCCCCGGCGCAAACUCGCUCCCUGCGUUCAUUUCAUUCCUCUUCUCAUUCCGAGCAUUCUUCGCAUCUCUGUCAGUGCGCGAAGCGAUUCACCUACACCUUCCUGGCUGGCCCAGAAACAUCAGAAUAACUUGACAUAGUAUUCAAAAUACCCAGUAACAUUACAUUACCAAAAGAAAGGGGCAUUUUUAUAUGAGAUAUCAAUUACGAGUUGGCUCAGCCGGGAGUUGUUGGAGAUUUUACCGGAGCAUUUUCGGACCACCUCGAAGAAGAAAACACAGUGGCGAGACUUGUUGCUUCAACGCGUUCGACGGUGCUUUUUCGAAUCGUCAUCGAAGUUUUGUGUCUCUCCCUAGUCUGCUCCAAGCUUCAGCUUGGAGAGCUCAACCGCCACAAUUGAUCCCAGCAGCUGGAGCGGCAGCGAGAGCCCUGCCGAGGACAUGGAGAGGAUGAGCGACUCGGCAGACAAGCCUGUGGACAAUGAUGCAGAGGGGGUGUGGAGCCCUGACAUUGAACAGAGCUUCCAGGAGGCCCUGGCCAUCUAUCCUCCUUGUGGGCGCAGGAAAAUCAUCCUCUCCGAUGAAGGAAAGAUGUAUGGUCGAAAUGAGCUGAUAGCGAGAUACAUCAAGCUUCGGACCGGCAAGACGAGGACGCGAAAGCAGGUGUCUAGUCACAUACAGGUCUUAGCAAGAAAGAAAGUUCGAGAAAUCCAAGCUGCCAUUAAGGUGUCUAGUCACAUUCAGGUUCUUGCCAGAAGGAAAUCUCGUGAGUUUCAGUCCAAGCUAAAGGUUACAAAUAUGGACCAAGCCGUGAAGGACAAAGCCCUCCAGAGCAUGGCCUCCAUGUCCUCGGCUCAGAUCGUCUCUGCCACGGCUAUUCACAACAAGCUCGGCCUGCCAGGCAUCCCUCGCCCAGCCUUCCCUGGAGCAGGGUUAUGGCAGGGUAUGAUUUCGGCUGGUCAGCCAGGAUCAUCACAAGAUAUUAAGCCUUUCACCCAGCAACCCUAUCCCAUCCAGCCAGCAGUCACGACAGCAAUUUCAAGUUUCGAGCCCACAGCAGCUCCAGCACCCACGGCGCCAGCAUGGCAGGGCCGCUCCAUCGGUACAUCUAAACUCAGACUGGUGGAGUUCUCUGCCUUCCUAGAGCAGCAGAGAGACCCAGACUCUUACAACAAGCACCUGUUUGUGCACAUCGGGCAGACGAAUCAUUCCUACAGUGACGCCCUGCUGGAGUCAGUGGACAUUCGUCAGAUCUACGAUAAAUUUCCAGAAAAGAAAGGCGGACUGAAGGAGCUGUACGCAAAAGGCCCCCAGAAUUCCUUCUUCCUUAUAAAAUUCUGGGCUGACUUAAACUGCAACAUUCAAGAUGAUACCGGAUCUUUCUAUGGCGUCACCAGUCAGUAUGAGAGUCCAGAGAACAUGACCAUCACAUGUUCGACAAAAGUUUGCUCCUUUGGCAAGCAGGUUGUGGAGAAAGUCGAGACUGAAUAUGCACGCUUUGAAAAUGGACGUUUUGUCUACCGGAUAAGUCGAUCCCCCAUGUGUGAAUACAUGAUCAACUUCAUCCAUAAGCUAAAACAUCUGCCGGAGAAGUAUAUGAUGAACAGUGUGCUGGAGAACUUCACUAUCUUAUUGGUGGUGACAAACAGGGACACCCAGGAGACGUUGCUAUGUAUGGCGUGCGUGUUUGAAGUUUCGAACAGUGAGCACGGCGCGCAGCAUCACAUCUACAGACUGGUGAAGGAAUGAAUCCGCUUGGAGCUUCUCCUUUUCAUAGACUUACCAACCUCAAAACAAAAGUGGCAGUGCCUCUACAUGAAAGUCAUACCUACAACGCUCUUUGGUCAAGGUAUCGGGUGGAGUCGGUUGUUAUAAAUCUGUUUUAAUAUAAGUGUUUGUUAUUUGACUGCAGCUGUGAAUUGCGGUACAGUUGUUUUAAUGUUUGAAUAUGGGAAUUUUAAAUAUGUUGGUCUCUGUCGGGUAUAAAUGUGGCCAUCCUUAAAGAGUUUCCUGGAUGUGUUUGGUAAAUGAAAAUGUGUGUGUCGUUUUUUUCUGCUUUGUUAAUGUAGACUAAGGAAAAAAAAGACAAAAGGACACGGGCCUGUUUUUGUUUUUCUAUCAGCGGCCUGGUUGCGCUCUGUGUAAUAUGUCUGAGGCUGUUUUGUAUGUCUGUACUUCAUGAUUUGUGAGCAUACAUACUGUAGAUACACAGACACGAAAACACACACAGCUGUUAAACUUUCCAAAGAAACAGAACAACACUAUACGUGCAGUGGCCGAAAGCAGGUGGUUACAAAUGUUGCGAAAUUACUACAUAAGAACGCCAACAACUAAGCUUUCGGUAAUAUUUAUCCCUGUUGAAGCACUCCCAAGUUUUAGACACCAGAAUGAAUGCACUGUGAAAACACUACAAACAGUUUGCCUGCAUCCGCUCCGUAAAUGUAGGAAGUCUCACCGCCUGCUAAGCAUUUCAGCACUGCAAACAAAUCUUUGACAAUGGGCAGGAGAUUUUUUUUGAUUUUUUUUUUAAAUAGGGUGAGAGUCCUGAUAAAAAUCACUCUAAUCGGACUCGUAUCUGGUCCAAAAGCACUUUGUUUCCCUUCCUGUGCUUGCCUUAGUGAUGCUUGCGUUUAUUCUGUUAAUUCUGCGCUUUAAAAAAAGAAAGAAAAAAAGAACCUAAAAAACUGUUUAACCCAUCGAGACACUACAAAAUCGUAGACAGCAGUGCGUCGUUCAGCAUGCUGUGGCUUUGCCCCCCUCCCAACACGAAAGACUCCUUACCCCCUCUGGGAUCGCCGCGUGAUAACUCCAAGCCAGAGUGUUGCUGCCUUCAUGGUCACGCUAUGUUCACAUGUUUCUGUGGCCUACGCUGAUUGCCGAGCCUUAAACACAUACAAACUGUAUGUGAACUCCAAAAGAUGCCACUAAAACUGUGAUCUCUACAUUGUGUUUGCGUUGUGUAAAAUAAAUGAAUAACAACAAAAAAAAUUCACAAUUCAAAUCUGCCAAAGCCUAAGUGUACAGUGCCUUAGAGUAUACUCUAACAUUAUCCUGCAUUUACCCUGUUUUCUAAGUCUAAAAUUAGUUUUGUGUGAGACAGGCAGAAAUAACUUACAGAUGUAUUAUUUGGUACAUCUUCACAUCUCAGAAAUCACGGUUCUCGAAAUUGGUACACUCCUACAAAUACAGUUUUUGUUGUUCCUGGGUUUUUUUGUUUUUUAAAGAGGCAGUACACUUAUCUUCAAUUACGUUUGCAAAUUUAAGCUCAGAAACAGGUUAUUUUUCCUCUAACGCUGUAAUAUGUUCCUAAAAUAUCAGCCUUUCUUUUCUUUUUUUUUUUCCCUUCCUUCUCUAAGAGUGUACUAUAAAAAGACUGACUGCCUUUCCUGUCGCAGAAGACCAAAAAUACAGAGAUACAGUCAAUUAUUGUUGUGUCCUGCAUGGUAGCAAGGAAGUGCCUUUGGUUCAGAUUUUCCAGCUUCAAAAAAAGAAAAAGAUCAAACAGAAAUUAUAAAUUUAAUGUUGCCAGACCAAAAAGAAGAAGAAGAAGAAACAAAACCAAGACAUAAGUGAAACAAAUCACCACAUUGCCUUUCAAAGGACUGUAACGACAGCAGGGGAACAUGGUUACUAAGGAGAAGAAAUAAAUGAUAUUCAUUUUUAUUACAUUGUAAAUUGAUUUCUCAAACCCAACUAUUUCUUCGCUUGAGGUUAAAGAUUUUGUCUAAUAUUGAACGGCCACUGACUGCAUGCAGGAUGUCAACAGAAAAACACUGAAGCUGUCUGCUUCGUGCACACUUGCAGGUUCAAGUGUUUUUGUUUGUUUGUUUGUUUUGAAACGAGGCUUUUUUGGAAGCAUGAUGGUUUCCUCUUUCCCAUGGCCACGCAAGAUUUUCACAAUGUCACAGCUGUGAUGGCGAAAAGGCAGGGACCGACACGAGCUUUUAUCCAUUAGAACAAAAAAGAAAAGAAAAAAAAGAAUGUUUAUUUAAUAUUAAUUCUACAGUACAGACUCUAAAAAUGAAACUUAAGAUUGUUUUACGUGUUUAAAUCUGUAUACUUUCAUUGUAAGGAUCAUAAUUACUCAAAACAUUUACUAUUUCUUACAGAAAUUAUAAUCAUCUUAAAGUAGUUUAAUCAACAAAGCUCUAAAUAAUUGCAGACAAUGUCUUGGGGGUGGGGGUGGGGGGUGCAGAUAAAGUUAAAUGAUUCAGUAUUUUUGCCGCAGUUCUGUGAACACUGUGGACUUUAUUUUUCUUUUAUGUUUACUUGUGUAUCUGUUCACAUUUAUUGAUUACAGUUAGAUGUUCCUGUUUUCUUAUUGUACUUGUAUACAGUCGUACUCGGUUUUGUGAUGACAUUAUCUGUAAUAUUGCGAGCCCAGUGAGAUGGUAAUGAUGUUACUGCUGCACUGCUGGUACAUUUUUACAUUUUAACACUAAAACAGCAGGACUGACGCCUUUGAUGGCACGAAUGUCUGGUGGACUCUUUGACCCGGAAAGUGGACGCGCCAAGUCAAGGAAUCGCGGCUACAAGCAUAUCAGCUUUUGCUAAGAGUAGGUACUGGUACCUGGCUUUAAACUGAUUCUUGACAUAUAGCUCAUGAAAUGUAAACUGUCAUUUACAUAUUUGGGUUAAGUGUGCAUAUUUUUUUCAGCCCCCCCUUUGUAAAAAGGUGCUUUGUAUAAAACUAUAUCUUGGCUUUUGUUGGUACAGAUGUGUGAUCUCUUUUCAUAUCCAUCACAGUAAAGUGUUGGAGCAAAGGAGAGAAAAGAAGCUCUGCUCUGUUUGUGUUCUGCAUAUGGUCUUGUCUUUGCUCCGUAACAUUAUGAUGCCUUCUUGACAAUAGUAGAUAUUUUGUAGCUUUCUAGAUACUUUGUAUGUACGCAAUAUUGAAGUUAAAUAAAUCUGAAAAAGAUUG